AUGUUCUUUUGCGAGGAGAAGGAACCGCGCAAGAUCGCAAAGAAGACUAUCGAUGAAGGGGGUCUUCUAAAGAAUCUCGCUGGGUUCAGAACUGGACACCUCGAUAGGAUACCUAGGGUAGGGAGGUUGAUACAGCCUGCAGCCCGACAGGAAGAAGCUCAACAGUCGAGCGAAUCUGGCUCAGUACCCGAAGUCUACUUCGAUCCCUCAAAUCCUAUCAAGGCGAUUGGGAUGCCAAUAUUCAUCAAACAGGCCGAUAGUACUCUACGGAAAGCAACAGCUAAUGCUGUCUUCGAUGGCCAAAGAUGUGUCUACCUGUCCGUCUCACAUGUAUUCUUUAACGACACAUUGCCACCACCAGCCCGAUCAAUUGCACUCGAAAACGAAUUUAAUUUUGGAAGUGGAACUGAGGAUGAAGAUGAAGAAGAGUGUCGGGAUGCAACAUCAUGCGCGAGUGUUAGCUCAUUUGAGGAAAGUGCAGACGAUCAGCCGAAAUCGCUAACUUCCAAGUCUAAUUCCUCAACAAUGUCGCCCGUACCCUCAACCCCGAACAAUCAAGACUUCCCAGACAUGGCAAGCUUGGUACUUUUGGGCCAGCUGACAACAUUUUCUGUAGAUCUGGAUUGGGCUGUAAUCGAUAUCCAUCACAGCGGGGUCCAUUCUGCCGUCUAUGAGCUCAAAACGAACAUACAGAGUGAACGUGUUCAAGAGAAGUUGAUAUCCAAAACCGAGAGUGUAAAUAUUGUUGCGGAAACUUCCCGAGGCCCUAUCAACGGACAAUUAUCUCAUAUGGCAAUUUACAUGCGACUUCCAAAUGCUACCUGUUUUCAAGAAGUCUACCAAGUCACAUUGGACUCUGCUCUUGAAUGGGGGGAUUGUGGAGUUCAGAUCUUGAACACCGUGACUGAGCAGCCCUACGGUCACGUCGUUGUGAGUUCUGCAACAAAAAAGGUUGCAUAUAUCGUACCAGCAACCCCCGUCUUCCAAAAAUCUGGAACCCGAUAG